CAUUAGUGGGCGCACACCACACUACUACACACGGCACACACCACCACAAACUGACGAUCCAAUUUAGUACUUAUCUGCACUAGAAUACAAACGUUUCAGUGAACAGCGUCUCGCGUUAUCAGAAGGUCGUGAAAACCAGUCUUCGCUGCCAAACAGCGCGACUUAUUUCUUUCGUUUACCUCGCGCCGAGGACUUACUAACCAAUGCCAACAAGUACCGCCCCGUCCUGACUACUUAAUAGCAAUUAGGUUGUAUUAUUCACAGUAAUAACAUUGGCUGUCAAGACAGCAAUUCAACUAAGACGUAGCACGCGUGUUGAUGCAGAAAUAAUCAGUGGCACACGAAGUUUUUGCGGCCUUCCUUAGACGAAGCAGACGGGUCGUUGCGCCGUGUAGUCUGGUAGAAGUUUGCCGGCGUUUCGGAGGUCCUUUCUGCCUCCAUCAGGGCGAUACUCAUCGAUGGCUGGGAAGACAGCAUCUUCAAGAUGUUUUAGGUUUCUGAUCACUGCGUCAGUUGCAAUAAGGUGUGGGACAAUCUUGGAAUUUUGUAGGGAUUUAAAAUAUUUUAAACGUCUAGGACCACGUACAUUUUUUUGCGUUUCCAAUAGCAGGAUUUUGCAAGUGCUAGUGUUUGCGUAGUAUACAGAGCAUAAGUAUUCGCGGAAAUAAACAUUUUACUUUGUAACGACGAGAAACAGCAUUAUGAAAACCUCAAAGAUUUUAAAGUUAGUUUUAUCCUGUGUAAUACCGAAGAAAUGCGUGGAGUCUUGAAAGGCAUUGAUGUGAUAAAAAAGAAUCAUGGCGUAUUAUAAUGAUUACGUCGUAUUAUGUAGCGCGCUAAGACAAAAUUAAUUUCUUAUUCUGCUAUAAUAACAAAUCAAACGAUCUAAAAUGUAGGGGGCGGAGUAAUUUGAUACAGCGUCGUUAAAUAAUUCUCGAUCCAUCCAAUGCUUGAAUUAACUCUCAUACUCGAUCGAAAAGUAUAUUUAAAAUCAUGAAACGCGCUACAAGGAAUCAGGUGUACGGUCGUGAAUAAUAUUCGAGUAACCAUGGACUGGGGUGCUUACGUCAUUGCAGAUAGAGGUGGUAGUGAGUCAGUCCAUCCUGUUGAGUGCAAGUGGUUGUACGCGUUGUGUAAUCGUGUAUGAUAAGGGAUGCACAUUUAUGGUAGGCUAAAUGAGUCAGGAUGUUACAGAAAUAAUCAAGAAUUCAUUUCGACAUUAUAUAAUGCAUUUUGGAAGGUGCUCCAUAACAUGUUUAAAACUCGUGUUGUGUAUUGUGAAAACGCAACGUGGACGUUCAUAACAAUCCAUGCACAGAAGACGCAACCAUGGCUCACCGUUGGACCAACAACGGCAACCUCAACUUAGACCGUGACGAUAUUUUAUUUGGAGUGUACUGUACGCUGCCUGCCGCCAUUCCUUCCAUCAAUCUUCUGGUGAAAAUCAACGUUUCAGAGGAAUCAACCACCUUCAUCUUCAGGACCAAACCAUCUUCCAGACUACACAACGUCAUUACUAACAACACCAAAACCAAAAUCUACACUGAUAUGGAGCAUAAAUUGGACAUUCGAAUAUAAUGAGGGACAGCUGAUAUUCAGUCACAAAUUCAGCACGCAAUUUUGAAGCCUUAAGAUUGUCUUAAAUUCGUCGCAUGAAAUAGAACUGGACAUGAAUCGAGCCAGUAAGAUGGAUAACGCGUCCAACGAUUUAGAUAAUGACCUCAUGAAGGAAUUGGAGUGUCCAGUCUGUUUACAAUAUAUGAAGUCGCCGAUAUCAAUGUGUCAAAAUGGCCACAGCAUUUGUAACGGCUGCAGAUCGAAACUGAACAACUGUUUUUACUGCAGGCAACCUUUCUUAAAAGUGAGAAAUUUGGCGCUAGAGAAUUUGUCGACAGUGUUGUUACCUCCAGGCUUAAUCUCCAAGAUAUCCGAUCCUUCACAUAAGAGUUACAAGUGUCCGUUUGCUACAAUAUCGAAUGAGGAUUGUAGCUGGGUGGGAUCGCUUCCGGACAUGAGGGGUCAUAUAAAGAUUAUCCACACUGGUGGAGAGGACACGCAAGAAUCUGGUGGACGGUUUAACGUUAUUCUCACAGAUUUGUCACCUGAACGGCAUUAUAGGAAAGCAGUGUGGAUUGCCGAUGAAUUAUUUUAUAUAGUUUGGGAAAUAAAAGAUGGCAACUUCUUUUGUGUAGUGUUAUGUGUAGGUUCAAAGAAUAAAUCUUCCAAAUUCAUGUACAAAUUUUCUUUAACAGCAGAAAAUGAGAAGAAAAAAAUAUCAAUGUGUUUCCAAACACGAAGUGUCGUGCAAGAAAUAGAGCAGGUGCUCGCACCUGGACACUGCGUUGUUCUACAUUUUGACACAGUUUUGAAGUUUUUGAACUCUGAUAAAUGUCUGUCUUGUGACUUUGAAAUCAGUCCGAUUGAAGCAGAAUCAGGCGCCGAUAAGAAUCAGCCAAAGACUGUUACAGCUAAAACAGUCGACAGGGACUCUGACAGUGUCAGAGUUAAAAGAGAAUUCCUCAGAGAACAAAAGGCGCCAAUGAAACGCGAGUUCCUAGAUUCGCGUGAUGACAUACCCCAUGAAACACAUAGACCAGGCAGACAUGUUGGACGAGGUAAGGUAAUUUGGCGUGGUCCUCGGGACAGAUCUGUCGAAUCACACUUUCAACAUAUAUCACGAGACCGCGACUUCCGAAACAGAGGCGGAAUUCUUGGAAAGCAUUCUAACAUAGGCCGGAGUCUGACAGAUCUAGGCAACGAAGCGCAUUAUCGAGACAAAGAAACUCCUGCGGUGGUUAAAAUGCGCGAUUCAGUUCGUCUCAAAAUAAACGCUUCAUCCACUUCUCCAGCUGCAAAACGUGAAACAAGUGAUAAACUUCCCAAAAUUUCUCUGACAUCUGCAAAAGGAAUGCCAAGAACUGAAG